AAUAAGAGAUGGAUUUCUCAUGAGUACUUAAAAAUGAGAAGAAAUCUAUAGAAUGAAUAAAGAAAAAUAGUUUGACAAAAACAAUCAAGUGAGUGAAUAAUAUUAUGCUCAUAUUUGGCGGGGAUUAUAUUAAUCAGAGAAGAAAGUGAGAAGAAAUCUUAUUUAAUCAAUUGAAUAUUGUGUAUAGUUGUAAAGAUGUCUAGGGAUGAUGAUGUUAAUAUGAG